AUGGAUUCUCAUAUGUCUCAACACGAUGAUUUGAGUCUGAUGGGCCUACAAGAGCUGGACUCACAUCUCUCAAUAUUCGAGUCGAAUCUUGGCCGAGACUCGUCUACCCCAGGUGCCACGUCCAAUUCUGCUUACGGAGAAUCCAUCUCAACGGUUGACAAUCCAUCUACAACGAUCUUCGUUGAAUCACCAAAGAAAGCCUGGGUUGGAAAAAGCGUGUCUAUUAGUUCUCACGAUGGCAAAGUCUUACAUAAAAGAACCGAGCUUCACUCAAAGUCUUCAUUGGGUGGCAAUAUCCACUUAAAGCCAGAAAGUGCCCGCGACUCCAUGGCUUCUUCAAUGAACACAGACCUUGACGACGCUUCAUCGGCCCUUUCAUCCAUCUCGAGUAUCUCGACAUCUCCGAACGGAUUUGAAACCGGUUCAAAGGAGUCUACAAAUGGUGCUUUUAUGUUAGGGAGACAUCACCAGACAUAUAACGUUCGUCCUAAAGCCUCAAUACCAACGGAUAUAUCUAUAGCAGAGUACGCAAGACAAUGUAUAUCUGCUGCUGAAUCGUCACGCCUCAACCCCUACAGCAUGCAUCCUGAGGAACAUGCUAUGUUACGCCAUCAUCUUACCCACCAGCAAGUUACGAUUUAUCUCAAUAUCCGCAAUGGAAUCCUAAGAUUAUGGACGAGGAACCCCAUCAUCGGCGUCAUGCGAGAUGAAGCUGUUGGAUGUGCUAGAGAUCCUAGGUGGUUUGAUGUCGCUAGCUUGUGUCAUGAGUGGUUAGUACGACGUGGUUACAUCAAUUAUGGCUGUCUCGAGCAUCGACAACCUAUUGUUGACAAGAGGAAGCAUCGUACCGGCAAGCGAAAGAGAAAGACAAUUGCGGUCAUUGGAGCCGGCAUGUCUGGACUUGGCUGUGCCAGGCAAAUUGAAGGUCUAAUCUCGGAAUAUCAAAGUCGCUUCCAAGAAAUGGACGAAGAUCCACCACACGUAAUUGUAAUAGAAGGCCGAGAUAGGAUCGGGGGGAGGGUCUAUUCCCGAGCCUUCGAUACGAAACCUUCGUAUCCAACGCUGAGUUAUGGUAGCCGACACACAGCAGAAAUGGGCGGCAUGAUCAUCACCGGGUUCGAUCGUGGAAAUCCAUUGAACAUCAUUGUUAGGGGUCAGUUAGCAUUGCCUUACCACGCAUUAAGGCCAGACACGACUAUAUACGACGCUACCGGGAAGCCUGUGGACAAUAAUCGAGACCAAUAUGCUGAGAAGUUGUUUAAUUACAUAUUGGAUCGAGUUAGUGAGUAUAAAUUCAAGCAACCAGUGUCGCCAACCGUGGAUGGAGACAAGGAUCUAUUAGACUCCGGCCGAGAGUCGACAGUAGAAGGGUUUAAGACAAUCGCGGAGGUUGAGGACUCACCUGAGCCAGUACUCAGUGGUUCCAAAAACAACUCUCGGAAAAGCUCCAAAGCACCUUCGCCGGCUACUGAGGUCCAGCUGAUUCCUGUGGCAUCAGACCGCUUGACAGGAAGAGCACACCUCGAGCUUGGAGUUCCGGCAGUACAUACGGCAGCUUAUAAGGCACGUGAAAUUGGUUGGCUCCUGCGGCCUGGCGUUGGCAUCGAGAAUGACUUAGAUCUUGAGAAUGCAGUUAAUUCAAAAUAUGCUACUCUAGGCUCAGUUUUCGAUGAAGCGAUUCGACAGUACACUAGGAUCGUCGACUUCACGCCUCUUGAUCUUCGGCUCAUCAAUUGGCAUGUGGCAAACUUGGAAUACAGUAAUGCAAUCACUUGUAAUAAGCUGAGUUUAGGAGGCUGGGAUCUUGAUGCUGGAAAUGAAUGGGAGGGUAAACAUACCAUGGUAGUUGGGGGGUACCAGCAGGUCCCAAGAGGACUUCUCAAAUCCCCUCAACCUUUGAAUGUGCGACGAAGCAGUAAGGUAAAAACCGUUGUAUAUGACCCGGAUACCUCCGCAUCAGCCUCGAAGAUUCAUUGCGAAGACGGAAGUAUCAUUGAAGCCGAUUACAUUGUGUCAUCGAUACCAUUGGGCGUCCUAAAACGCCAAAGCAUAGACUUCCAACCCCCUUUGCCAGAAUGGAAAACUGGUGCAAUUCAACGCAUCGGUUAUGGGGUUUUGAACAAGGUGGUGCUGGUGUACAGUGAGGCCUUCUGGGACGAAAGCAGAGAUAUCUUUGGCACUCUUCGGAACCCCCAAGAUCGAUUUAGUUUGGAUCAAACGCACUAUUUCUCUCAGAGAGGUCGCUUCUUCCAAUGGUUCAAUUGCAGCAAGACAACCGGACUCCCAACUCUGCUUGCUCUAAUGGCGGGCGAUGCAGCGUUUGAGACUGAGAAAGCCGAUGAUGGCGCAAUAGUUGCGGAAGCUACAUCUGUAUUGAAGACUGUGUUCGGGCCGCAUGUACCUAUGCCGUUGGAAGCAGUUGUCACACGCUGGGGCUUAGAUGAAUUCUCUCGGGGUAGCUACUCAUACACAGGUCCAAAUUUCCAACCUCAAGAUUACGAGGUUAUGGCUCGACCUAUCGGCAACCUGUUUUUCGCGGGAGAGCAUACCUGUGGCACUCACCCAGCAACUGUCCAUGGUGCAUACAUCUCUGGACUAAGAGCGGCUUCAGAGGUAUUAGAUGCCAUGAUCGGGCCAAUAAAAAUACCUGAACCCUUAGUUCUUCCAAAAGAUUCUGCGUCGAAACGAAAGUCUGAAGUUUUGCAGAGCGCUAAAGACCCCAGAGAGACACGCCUCGAAGCUUAUCAGAUAGAGAUGUGGAACGAAAUUUUGCCCAAGUUUGGGGACCGCCCAUGGAAACCGGAGAACAAAUAUGCCAAUCCAUAUCAUAUGUACAGCAAAGAUAAUUGGAAUGAGGCCAAGCGCCGGUGCGAGGAAGGUCGAAGACCUGGCAAAGGCAAACCUAUACAAAAUGAGGUUAAGAAAAUGGCGGCAAAGAUGUGGAAAGAAGCUUCAGAAGAAGAAAAGAAGCCGUAUAAUCAGAGAGCAAACGAGCAGAAAGCUGCUCAUGCUGCCGCAAUGGCAGAGUUCGCUGUCAAGUCUGCGGCCUGGGAUACUGAGGUCGCGGCUUUCAAAGCGCAAUAUGAAAAGGAACAUCCAUUUACUCCUGGGCCAGAAGAGGCAUCUGAUACACCAACACGGAAACAAAGACGAGCGAAACUUGUGAGCGGAUAUGCAGAGGCGUCCUCUGACGUCGAGAUAUAG